AGAGAAACAUAAUUUCUUGAUUAUAUUGUUUCACGUCUUCAAGCUUUAAACAUCUUUCCUUUAUUCCUUUCCUUAAGGUGAAGGGUUAAGUCAGGUGAAUUGGUGACACAGGUAAUGAUACAUGAUAAUGGGUGACAUAAGGUCUCCUUGUGUCAUUUAAAUUGUCCUGGGAACAUUUUCACUGCUGGAGAUAUUAGACUGAAAACAGAGGAUGUACUGUGAAGACUGGUGAAGGUUGACAGAUUACUAUAGGAUAUAAUACAGGAACACUUGGUAGAAGCUGUGAAGAUAAUUGUAGAUGUCACAUUACUGCCAUGUGACCCGUCAAUCAAACUGUCAGGUGAUCACCUUUAAAACACCAGCCUAGUUAUUACUGAAUGAAGUAGAUACUGCACAAGAAUAAAACAGCAGAAAAUUGAAAAAUAAAUGAAUUUGUCUGGUUUUUGGAUAGUAUUUCAUAUGUUUUAAUGCAAUCUAAGUGAAGCCAAGAAAAUUUAAGUUUUUAAUAGAUGGAUGGUAACUGAAUCAAUACAAAUAGCCACAUUAAAUUUGAAAAUAGCUGCAAAUGAUAUCAGUAACAAAAGAUUGAUAGUGUGCAGUGUGUAGACAGUGGUUGAACAGAUAUAACAUUCUAUUAGUUUUGGGAUUUUACAAACAAAGCCAAAAUGAAUCAUAACGCUAGAGGAAUAAAUAGGAGAAAAAGGGACAUGUGUGGGAAAAACUUCCUCAAAGUCGUCCUUUAUGUGUUCAACUUUUUCUUUUGGCUGACAGGGUUAGCUUUUCUAGCAUUAGGAUUAUAUAUCAAGUUCCAGAAGCAUACCUAUAUCAGUCUGCUAGGGAGCAGUACUUUCCCUUUAUCAACAUACUUGUUACUAGGGACAGGAGCCUUUAUUAUCCUGUCAGGAAUCAUUGGCUGUACUGGGACAUGUAUAGAAAAUAGAUGUUUUAUGGUUAUGUAUGCCUUAUUUUUGUUGAUAAUUUUCCUGACAGAAGCAAUAUCAGGUGUCCUAGCUUAUAUGUAUGAAGGCACAAUAAAAGAAGAAUUAUCACGAAAUUUAAAUUCUACAAUGAUGAAUAAUUAUCAUUAUGAUGCAGUUAUCACUAAAGCAAUAGAUGAUAUGCAGAAAGAGUUUGAAUGCUGUGGUGCAACAGAAUUUGAGAACUGGGAGAGAUCUAAAUGGAUACAAGAAAUGAUAACAGAAGAUCCUUCUAAGAAAAACAGAGUACCAGAUUCCUGUUGUUUGACUGUUUCUACCAAUUGUUCCACAUUUGGUAACGGUCCAUCAAAUAUAAAUCCAGAGGGUUGUACAAAGGCAUUGGAGAAGAAUACCAAAGAUUCUUUGAUUCUAAUAGGAGGAAUUGGUUUAGGACUUUGUUGUAUACAGUUGCUGGGGAUUAUCUUCUCUUGUUGUUUAGUAAGAAAAUUCAAGGGACGAAAAGCCUCAUCAUAUCUUUAAAACAAAGACAUUUAAAUAUGUGUAUGAGAAAGUUUAUUGGUUUCAUAUCCAUGACAUUCUAUUUCUGGGACCAAUAACAGUUUCUUGCCAUAGACCAAAAGUACAUUUACUGUUUUACAUUAAAGAUGAUUGUGUUGCGUGAGCUGCAGAAGAAGUUGACGAAGGAUUUUUGCCUAGUAGUCAUAGUAAUGUUAGUGACAUAAAACAUCUGUAUUGUAUGAUCAUUGUAUGUUUGUGCCAUUGUGAAUAUUGACUUAUUUUAUGAUUUUAUGUAAAAAAAACUUUUGUUUUUUUUGAAAUUCUGUAUUUUACAUGUUGAAAAAUCAUAUUCAUAUUUUUAUUGUACUUUUAAAUCAUGUAAAUUCUUCUAUUUUUGUUUGUGUGAUACAAAGUUUGUCAAGUAGUUGAAAGAUAAAAUUUUGAACUUAAUUGAUUAAACUGCUAAUAUUGUUCUGUAAAGACAAUUAAUUUACUCAGUCUUUCCUAAGUGGAAACCCAUAGAAUAUAACUACCUUUAAUUGGAGCUAGAAAACCUUCUGAAAAUAUAAACAUGGUCAAUUUUGAAUAAAAUAAAAAGUUUAGUUUUAUUUCAGUUACUGGUAAUUAAAAUGUACCAGGAAAUAUUUGGAAUUAAUAAGUUAAUUUGCAUCCAGUUAAUUGUUUUUGAAACGACAAUUUUCAUAUAUGUUCGAGUAUUAAAAUGGUUGUUACAAGUGUAGUCAAAUUUUUAUUUGAAUCAAAGACGUACACACUUGUUUUAAUUUCUGUGUGUAGAUUGAAAUAAACUUGACAUAGUAGGAUUGAUUAUUUUUCAAACCGGUAAAUUUAUUUUGUGAAAUAAAAAAUCUUGUAGGUCUGUCUACAAGAUCAAUACUAGUAGAAAUAUAUUUUUGUAUCAUGGGACCAUUCUAAUUUAAUUGACCAUUGGUUAGAAAUUUGUAAUCAUGCCAAAGUACAGCAUUUACUUGCAAUUUUUGAAACAUUUUACUAAACAUUUUUUUUAAGGAAAAAUCAACACAUUUUAUGAAUUUCUUAUUUUCAGAUAAUAUAAUUAACUUGUAACAGAUUGUAACUAGCAUUUAGAUAAAAAAAAGAAAAAAAAGCAGUUUUUACAGAAAAUAUUUUUUGUACUUGAAAAAUGUAGUGUUGGUUGCUUGUCCAUCAAUAACAACCUGUAUGGUGGCUUUGUGUAUAAUAACUUAUGUGGUUAGGUUGCUGUCUCAUAGAGAUCUCUGAUUUUUUUUUUACUAUAUUGUUUGUAUUGAUAAAAAAACAGUUAGUUGUUGAAACCUAAAUACUAAUUUUCAAUCAAUCUGAGAAUAACUAGUCAAAUUAAUGCAUAUGACAGAUUUCACUAAUGUAAAUUAUGAUUUUAUUUUGUGGAUAAACUGAAUAUCUACACAUUUCUUAUCCUAAUUUGUUAUAUCUUGAAAUAUAAUGUCUUUGGUUUGCUGUAGGGCAAAGUAUAAUCUUGAUGUAUAAGUUAUUUUUUACUGGACAGUGAAAAUCUAAUGACAAAUAGAGGUCACAUCUGUUUUUUUGGACAUUAUGGUCACACUUCCUCAAUUCCUUGAAAACAGCAUGACAGAAUUCAGACAAACUUUUAUAGAUUCUUCUAUGUCUUGGUGCUGCACCUGCUAUUUACAUUUUUCAUGCAAGUGGUGUUUUUUUUUGCGUUUCCCAUACUACCACAUGCUUAUUUUAUUUGGAGGCAGCAGAUGAUCAAAGAAGACAAACAUGUUACAAAAAUGACUUUAUAUCUUUGCCAGUAUAAUUACACAUUUGAUUAUGACAUAUAUUAUUAUUAAGUUUUUUAUUUACCUCAUUAAAAGCAUUAAAUUACAAACAAUCCAUUAUCAUUCAUCGUCAGUAUUAUAUUUUUUUUAUCAUGUAUAAAGCUUUUUAUUGAAUAUGAAUUUUAAACGUUCUAGUGAUUUCAAUUUUAAAAUAUUGUGUUGAAUAAUCUUUAUUAUAGGCAUGAAUUUGUUUCAAGGUUGUCUUAUGUUUAUUUUAAAUUUGAUGAAAAUAAAAAAGAAAGAAAGUA